AUGGCCGUCGGACGCAACGCAGCCACCAAGCUCGACUGGGCCAAGCUCGCCCAGCAGCUCUCUCUCAAGGGCCAAACCGCCACCUCGCUCACUGCCUUCAAGAAGCGCAACGACGACGCCCGCCGCAAGCUCGCCCAGCUCCAAGAGCAGCAGCAAACCAUCGACUUCUCCCACUACCGUGGCAUCCUCAAGAACUCGGCCAUCGUCGACGACAUUGAGAAGCAGUUCAACGCUUUCCAGCCCAAGAAGUACGACGUCAACCGCCAGAUCAAGGCCAUUGACGCUUUCGAGGCCCAGGCCGUCAAGGCCGCCGAGCAGACAAAGUCCAACGUCGAUGUUGAGCUCAAGGACCUGCAGAAGACAUUGAAGAACAUUGAGGAGGCCAGACCAUUCGAGGACUUGACCGUCGACGAGGUUGCCGCCGCCCAGCCCGAGAUCGACCAGCGCACCGAGCAGCUCGUCAAGAAGGGCCGCUGGAUGGUACCCGGAUACAAGGAGAAGUUUGGCGAUCUUUCCAUUCUUUAG